UAACAGUAACUACUUUAAAUUAUGUUUCGGACGUGAGUGGUGUAGACGAGCACGCCGACUAUGUACCAUCUCUGCGGUACUCAUUCCAAUCCUUGUUUCAUGAUCGCGUCUUGGAAAGCAAAAAAAUUUCAAUACCUAAAUAUAAACAUUCGGACAAUGCACCAUAAUUCGCGUUUUGUUUAAUAAAGUUAGUUUCGUCGAACCGGAAUUAUGCUCAAUUAUAAACAUUAUUAUGUUUACUUGAUCAUCUUCCUAACAUUUUCAAAAUAUCGAGUAUUCUCAGCCGCCGUCGUGAAUGUUUACCAAUCCGAUCAAAGGUUAAUAGACAAUCAGCUAUUCUACGAAUACAGAUACGCCGUCGAAGAUCCAAUCUCUGGCGUGAUAAGCGAAAAAUGGGAGAGCCGAUUGGGAGACUACGUGAAGGGAAGAUACAGUUUCUUACAAGCCGAUGGUUUGGUACGAACGGUACAUUACGAAUCAGAUAGUGUGUCAGGUUUUCGUGCGAUCGUGCAAACUACUAAUCCAGCUUCCAGUUACUUAACCAGUCAGAACUUAAUUUGAACGUACGAAGAUACAAUAAAUUUUAUUGUUGACUUGUUUCAUCGAGUCUUCGUCGAGAGUGUACCCUAUAAUACCUACUCUUUUCAUGCUGUAUCAGAGAAAGUAUCAAGGUUGAUAAAAUAUUUCAACUUUUAUGCAAAUUAUGAAGUUGUACACACGUGACCUAUAUCUUUCAUACGAUAUUUUUCUCCAUUUUUUUUUCAAUUACCUAUAGCUACAUUAUAUUUGUCGACAAUUUACCUCGAUACUAAAAAAUAAAUGUAAUGUAGUUCUAAUUUUAUGAAUGCCUAUAACAGCCAUGGGUAAUCAUCAGGUAACAUAAAUUAUUGAGUACUAUAUAGCGAUGACCACCUCAUUAUCAUCAUUUUUGCUUUUAUUGAUCAAAAGUAAUUUUCAACGUCCAAUUUUGGUUUUUUGGUAUCUACUUAAGUAGUUUGAUAAUGUAGCCAUUUGUAAUUUCUUCACUUACUGCCUGUUAUUUUUUUUGGAUGAAUAAUUUUAUACCUACAUUUAUAAUUUACUUAAUAAAUUGUUUUGCAAAAA